GUCACGUGCUUCCCGUGGUACUUUGCGAACCCUAAUUGAAUGCUCAGAAAAAAAAAUACAUUUUUGUUCUGUUAAUUUCGUGUUUUAAAGGCAUAAAAGAAGAUCCCGCAUCAGAGUUUGACACUCCUGGACAGAAAGAGCUCAGCAGCGUUAAAAGGGGAGGGCGUAUCGGAGAAAGGUAUGAUGGAUCAGGACUAUGAGUGCAGGCUGCUCAGACAGAUUAAUAUCCAAAAUGAGAAUGCCAGCCCCUUAAAAGCUGUGGGAGCGGUGCGAUCUCUGACACCCACCAGCUCCCCCCUGUCCUCUCCUAGCAAGCACGGCGAUCGCUUCAUCCCGUCCCGGGCUGGAGCCAACUGGAGUGUCAACUUCCACCGCAUUAAUGAAAUUGAAAAGUCGCACAAUCAAAAUAGAAAAACCAAAGAUGGCACAACCGACAGCAACAAAGUGGAUGGUCUAGCUUACUCUGCUCUGCUAAAGAACGAGCUGCUAGGAGCGGGAAUUGAGAAAGUCCAAGACCCUCAGUCUGAAGACCGUCGGUUACAGCCAUCUACUCCUGCCAAGAGGAGCCUUUUUAGUUAUUCUGUAAGUACGAAGCGGGCUCUACCAGAAGAAGAUGGAAACACAGUUUCCCCGUAUUCUUUAUCACCCGUCAGUAGCAACAGUCAGAAAUUGCUACGGUCACCAAGAAAGCCUACACGCAAGAUUUCCAAAAUUCCCUUUAAAGUUCUGGAUGCUCCAGAGCUUCAGGAUGACUUCUACCUCAACCUGGUGGACUGGUCCUCUCUGAAUGUGCUCAGCGUGGGACUGGGUACCUGUGUUUAUCUGUGGAGCGCCUGUACCAGCCAGGUUACUCGUCUUUGUGACCUCUCUGUUGAAGGAGACUCUGUUACAUCAGUAGGCUGGUCAGAAAGGGGGAAUCUGGUAGCGGUGGGAACUCAUAAGGGCUACGUCCAGAUUUGGGAUGCUGCAGCAGGGAAGAAGCUCUCUGUGUUGGAGGGACACACGGCCAGAGUGGGUGCUUUGGCAUGGAAUGCGGACCAGCUGUCGUCUGGAAGCCGCGAUCGUGUGAUCCUUCAGCGGGACAUCAGAGCUCCACCUCUGCAAUCAGAGCGCCGUCUCCAAGGCCACAGACAAGAAGUCUGUGGCCUCAAGUGGAGCACGGACCACCAGCUGCUCGCCUCGGGUGGAAAUGAUAACAAGCUACUUGUGUGGAAUCACUCGAGCGUCCUGCCCGUGCAGCAGUACACAGAGCACUUGGCUGCGGUGAAGGCCAUUGCCUGGUCGCCUCACCAGCAUGGCCUGCUGGCCUCAGGAGGCGGCACGGCUGAUCGCUGCAUCCGCUUCUGGAACACGCUGACCGGCCAGCCACUGCAGUGCACCGACACUGGCUCUCAGGUCUGCAACUUGGCCUGGUCCAAGCACACAAAUGAACUGGUUAGCACACAUGGUUAUUCCCAAAACCAGAUCCUGGUGUGGAAGUAUCCCUCCCUAACCCAAGUGGCCAAACUCACAGGACAUUCCUACAGAGUACUCUACCUGGCCAUGUCACCUGAUGGAGAAGCCAUUGUGACGGGGGCCGGAGACGAAACACUGAGGUUCUGGAACGUCUUUAGUAAGAUGAGAUCCACUAAGGAAUCCGUCUCAGUGUUGAACCUCUUCACCAGGAUCCGGUAGUCUGUUCUGCAAGGGAACGGCGGCGGGAAGGGAAGUCAUUUCUGUAUGCAUCAAGUUGCAAAUCAGCCAUCUUCAGAGGGGGCUCCCUCCCCUUGACCUCCCUUAAAUAAUUUAGCCGUGUUGUAGCUGAAGUUGGGAGGUGCUGCAGAGAUGCACAGUCAGAUUGUGGAGAGCUGAGGGGACAUACAGCGCACACAGAGUAAACCACUGCCUCUUCAAACAGACCUGUGAUCCCCGACCAUGGGGCGAAUUCUGGAGCCGUCUGUGUGAUCGUUUUGUUUACAAACUGACUCUGUGCAUACCUGCCAAAAUACAUUACGUUUGUCCUUUUUGAUUGUCUAUUUAUUUUAUUUUUAAUUUUUCUUUUUUUUUGUUUUUUAAAGAGAUAUUCUGAUAAUUCAGUUUGUUUGAAAGGCUGGUGGAUUUACUUUCAUGUCCGUAACAGAAGUUUUCAUUCUUAUGUCUGGACUAAGUCUGGAUCUGUUUCAGGUUUGUGAAAAAGAAAUCGUUUUUUGUUUUUCCGUUGCUUAUUUUAUGGAGCAGUUCGGAUGUGUCACAGACACUGAUUGCAAAUAACACAAACCAGUUGUGCUUUAAGAGCUCAAGACCGUCAACAAGGAUCUCAUUAGAUAAAAGCCUUAUUUUGGGGUUUUUUUUUACCUCCGAGUUCAUUUUAGGACAAUAAAUGUUUAGACAUUUUUCUUAUGUUGAAGAAGAAAAAGACUUUUGGAGCACUGUAUAUAAGAACAAUAUUACAGGAGAAAUUCCUACGAAGCUAUAUCAUUUUAGUGCGACACGUAUGGGAUUCCUUUCCUUAUCUUAUUAUCCUUGUUCUGUUUCGUGGCUUUUUGGACAAGUAACAAAAAAAAAAAAAAAAGUUGUGGUUCAUCGGUGUGCUUUGUAACCACAACUGAACCUUUCGGGUAAAAGAAGAGGAAUGAUUAAACCAGAAACAAUAAUGUUUGCAGAACCUCUAUUUUGUCUGCUCAGAUGUUUGAGCUCAAAGCACUUCAGUCAUGCUUUUUGGAUGAACAUAUUUUAUCAGAUCAUAUCACCUCUGAGGUUCAUUUUCUCCCUGGAGUGUUUCUUAAAAUGAGGUUCAGGCUUAAAUGGAUGGUUUUUAUUUUUCUAUACAGAAACGCAUGUUUGUGGAGAAACAAUGAGCAGAUUUGCUGCAAGCAUCUCCAUUUCUUUUUGAUGCCACUUCAAACUUAUCCUGCCAAUGUAAAUCACAGGAAGAUUGUUUAAAGAAGAUUUUCUGUACCAAGAUUUGAUCAGCAAAUAAACGCCCAUAUCUUGUC